AUGGCUACCUUUACUCUCCAAUCCAACGAUAACCAAACCUUUACCGUCGACUACGCCGUUGUCCGCCAAUCCAAAAUGUUUACUGAAAUGUUCAAGCAUAUUGGCAUUGACGCGACCCAAGGACUAGAAGAACCAAUUCCGCUACCUAACCUAAAUGGUGCUAUUUUGAAAAAGGUCGUUGAAUUUUGCGAAUACCACAAGAAUGACCCCAUCCUUGGGAAUCCAGACGAGGUGGAGCCUCAUGCUUUCAAGUUGAGCGACUGGCAAACCGAGUUCAUGAAGGUAGAUGAUGAUAAGUUGUACGACUUGAUCAUGGCUGCCAACUACUUGGAAAUUCCGUUGUUGUUGGAGACUGGGAGCAAGAAGUUGGCGGAGAAGUUGAAGGGAAAAACGCCGAAUGAAUUGAGGAAGAUGAUGGGAAUUGAAGAGGAAUACGAUCCAAAAAUCGAGGAAGAAGUGAUAAAGGAGUUGGGCUGGGAUAAGGAUAUUGAAUAA